CAGAUUCUUCGAAUUAUCAUUGAAAAAGAAAAGUUUCCUUAGUAUAUUAACAGAUUUUUCGUGAUUGUGACGUUUCAGCCUGUACCAAUACUAGAGCAGGGCUUCCUUGGCACUACCUUCUUUAAAUAUUCCUUGGGUUCAGUUAAUCGAGUUGUUUUUGACAAGGUUGGAUUAUUUUGAUCAACAAUUUGCAAUCCAAAUCUAUUAGAUAUGUCCUACCUAUCAAAUUUCACUGCCGAAACAGGCAAAACCAUUUUAAUCGAUGUGAUAAAGACCGUCAAUCUGCCAGAAAAUGCCAAGAGGCUAUCAGAAGCAAAAGCCAACUCGGGCAAGGAAAUGAUAAAAAUGAUGCAGUACGUAUUCCCUUUAGUGAUGCAGCUCCAGAUAAAUGUCAUCAAAGAAUACGGCUUCCCACCGAACCGCGAAGGAUUGGUCCAGUUUGAACAGAUCAUUCGGGAGUUCGAACGGGAAGAUGUGGACAUUGCCCGGCUGCGUACUCAGGUCCGAUCCAUCUAUCUUCCGCCGAUCAAUAUAAACAGCACCAAUGAUGUGCUGAUUUAAGAUGUGAAUCACUGCCGUAAAUCAUAGCGGAAUAACCAGGAAUACGAACUAUUUGCCAACAUUUUUCCGUUAGUUUUCUUUACUAAUUCCAUUCUUGAGAAUGCAAAUGGGUAUGAUAGUUUAGUAUAUAAACCAUUUUGAACUGAGUAUUAGAUUAAUCAAGAUUAAUUGAUAACUUUUUUUAUGAAGGAUUAAUAACCGUAAUUUAUGUUUGUUACUUUAAUUUAUCGGCCUUAUCGGUGAAAAGUGAUGUCCUUUUUAGUGGGUAGAAUUUAUUUAGAAGCAUUUUCAUCAUAUAUAAAACUUUUGUUCCUCUCAGGCCAACUACUAUGAAGUGGUAGAUACAGAUAGAGUUGCAUCUGACACCACACAUUUAUAGGUCAAGCGUGGUUGGCCCCAUAAGAUGAAAACUGCAAGAUACAACUCUAUCUAGUAGGCCCGUGAGGAACAAAAAUUUGAUAUGUGAUGAUAAUGCUUCUAAAUAAAUUCUACACGCUCAUUUGCACCAUCUUUCAUUUUAUCUAACCUUCUAUCCAUCUAUAAAAAAAAUCAUAAUCUUUAGAUGUCCCCACUUAAAAAAACAUCGCUUUUCACCGAUGAGGCCGAUAAAUUAAAUUUAUGAAUAACUUUCAGACCAGUCGUUCAUUAAUAUUAAGGAACAUUCUUUCAAACAUUUCAAGGAGAAACAAUGCAAGAACGACAUCAUAAAAUUUGGAUGCUUAUUAUUCGACAAAUAAAUUAUGGUACAUAUAUUAAAAUUAAGAUAUUUCACAAGCUGUACGUACUUAUUGAAAGUGCAAUACGUACCUAUGUGCUGCCAAAAUAAGUAGGGGGUAGUGACACUUAUGUUUUAUUUCUAACAGAUUUUCAGCUGACAUAGUGAAUAAGCUUUGUAAGAUGAAUGUAACUUGUGUGUGCGUUUCAUUAUUUUUGAAAAUAAACCUUUUAUAACGAAA